ACUGGUAGGAACACUUUUCACAUUACAAUAGUUGUUCUAGACUCUUGUCUGGCCAGGGUCAGAUUGGGGGGAAGAGGGGACAGCAGAGCAGGCACGGAGGGGGCCUGGGCAGGACCUGGCACUACAGCAAGGUCAAGGCCUAGAGGGAGCCAGUUCCUGGUGGCUGCUGGCAGUUCACAUAGCUCCCUGCCUCACCUGCCCUGGCUCUCUCCGGCUGUUCAUUACCUCCUCCUGCCCUGCUGGUCCCUAGUACCCCAGGGCUCCCAUGAGUGCUGCUCCCAGGGCCCCAAGGCAAGCACAGAAGAGAUGACCAGCUCCAGGGGUAGUGGGAAGAUGAGGUCCCCUCCCAGGGUAAAUGGCACUGAGGGCAGGGGUGAAGAAUUUAUACUGGGGGUGGGGGGAUCCUCUCAAUCCCACCCUAGCCCUAUGCAGGGAGCUACCUGGGCUUCUCAGUGCAGGUGGCCUUACACUAACAGGGUGGAAAAAGGGAAAGGAGGGGUGGAAUCCCAGACUUCCAGCCAGACCCUGCAACACAGCUUCCCUGGGGCCUCAGCCCCCUGUCCUGGCCAAUGCUCCCUCCCCAGUUCCCUCUCACACGCAGGGUCCUGGCUCCAGCACACAACUGAGCUCGCCCAAGCUGAGGAGUUGCUGGAGCAGCAGCUGGAGCUGUACCAGGCCCUGCUGGAAGGGCGGGAGGGAGCCUGGGAGGCCCAGCCCCUAGUGCUCAAGAUCCAGAAGCUUAAGAAUAGAUAAGGAGACCUCUAAGCUUCCCACC